AGUAGCUCUAAGCGAAAAAAGUAGGCAUAUUAAUUGUUUUUUUAAAUAUUUUUCUAUCACAUGCUAAAAUAUAUUGAAAUUAAGUAUAGAAAUAGUCGGUGUUGGAAAACACUUACCAAGGUCCGUAUUUACGGUUUCGGACAGCUAAUAUAAAAAAAUAAAUUGGUAUUAUAAGUGCGUAAAGAGUGGGAGAGCUAACGACACAUAAUCAUCUACAGCAGUUAUAAUGGUAUUAGUUUAAUUACCUAAUUUUGUAGCUAUUAUUGUGAAAAAGCUAAGCAAUUAGUAAAACCAUAAAACUUGCACAAUGUUGUUUAGAAGUAUAACAGUUAAUACUUUGCGGUACACAAAAAGUCAUAACUACAUUAUAAUUGUUGAAAAAACGCAAUGCAAAUGUUGGUUAAAUUACGAUACGAAAUUCUCAAUAUAUAUAAUACUUAAAGUAUAAGUUAUUUGUUACUAAUAAACCCAAUUAUCAUUCGUAAGAAAGAAAGCCAUUGGCGAGUGAAUUUUCUGCGGUUUUUAAGGAAGUCUUUUUAGUAUUUAAGGAUAAAGAGCCACUGUGAAAAUUACACUCACAAAGUGAAAAAAAAUUCGCAUAUUGACCUUUUCUCUUUUUACCUUUUUACCAUAUAUUAUUUUUAUUAGACUUCAUCGAAAAAAAAUGCAGAUGAUUUUUAUUUGUUUAUUUGCAUUGACUUUUAUAAGUUGUGAAGAAGAUAAUAAAGUUGAUGAUUACACUCCACCGUUUACGUGUGAUUAUGGAAAAUAUAUGUGUGGAUAUAGAAAAUGUUGCAAAUCGUAUUCAGACGAAGAAAAACCAUUUAAAUGUGAUUAUGGAAAAUAUGUGUGUGGAUAUAGAAAAUGUUGCAAGUCGUAUUCAGACGAAGAAAAACCAUUUAAAUGCUACGACGGAAGUUAUAUUUGUGGGUAUAAGAAAUGUUGUAAGACAGUAGUAGAAAAGCCUUUUAAAUGUGAUUACGGAAGUUACGUUUGUGGACACAAAAAAUGUUGCACGACAAUUGUAGAAAAACCUUUCAAAUGUGACUACGGAAGCUAUGUUUGUGGACACAAAAAAUGUUGCACGACAAUUGUAGAAAAACCUUUUAAAUGUGGCGACGGAUACUAUAUCUGUGGACACAAAAAAUGCUGUAAGACUAUAGUAGAAAAACCGUUUAAAUGCGACUACGGUAGCUAUAUUUGUGGAUAUAAAAAAUGUUGUCCUAAUAAGUACACACAAUGAAACACCAUAGCAGGAUAGAAAAUCAAAAUGUCGUCUUCUACAACAAAACAGACUUAUUUUAUUCCUUUAGUUUUGUACUCUUAUUCAAAAUGAAAAAUAUUCUAAUAGAA